GGCGGAGCUUCGUGGGGGCAAAGGGUUUGCUGCGUCCAAUAUGGCGCCCGCCAUGGAGCUGAGCUGCUGGGGCGGUGAUUGGGGGUUGCCGUCCGUGCACGCGGAAUGCCUCGUUGUCAUGGCUUAUGCCAGGUUUUGUGGUGCACCAAUGAAAGUGAAUGUUAUAGAUCAUUUGUGGAGAGCACCAAGAGGGAGUGUACCAGUACUGAUAUUGAAUGACACCGUUAUUUCUCAGCCAGCAAAAAUACUAAACUUCUUAAGAAAGCAGAAAUAUAAUGCUGAUUAUGAGUUGUCUACAAAAGAAGGAGCAGACACACUGGCGUACAUUGCACUACUCGAAGAAAAAUUACUUCCUGCUGUGCUGCACACUUUCUGGGUUGAAGCUGAUAAUUACUACAAUGUGACAAAACCAUGGUUUGCUUCAAGGAUUCCAUUUCCAUUGAGUUGGUAUCUGCCUAGAAAGAUGUCUGGGGAAGCCCUUAAUAGGAUCUUGCUGACAAAGGGAGGGCCUCCGCUCUACAGUCUCACUGAAGUGGAAGCACAGAUCUACAGAGAUGCCAAGGAAUGCCUGAAUCUUCUAUCAAACAGACUGGGGACGUCUCCAUUUUUCUUUGGAAACAUGCCUACAACUCUUGAUGCCUUUGUGUUUGGUUUUCUUGCUCCUCUUUAUAAAGUACCGUUCCCCAAAACCCAGCUACAAGAUCAUUUGAAGCAGCUUCCCAAUUUAUGUCACUUCUGUGAUGACAUUCUGAUUUGCUACUUCAGAUCAAACUUGUCAGGUGCCACUCCAGCAGGUCAAGACACAGUUGAUGCAAAUCUACAGAAACUCACACAGCUUGUAAACAAAGAAUCCAACUUAAUUGAAAAGAUGGAUGAUAACCUUCGUAAGAGUCCUCAGCACCCUCCGCGUAAGCUGACAACUCUCAAACUUUCUACAGGUGGGGAAGGAAAUAGCUCACCAAACCGCUUAUCACCCUGAGAGUUUUAGUUGUCAUAUUUAUGUGUGUGAUUAGAAGCUGACAUCAAAUCUGAACAAUCUUUGCACUAAUUCUGUAGGUACAUGAAGCGAGGUAAAAAUGUGAAUUGGCAAAUAGGCACAAGCGCAUUCAUUUAACCAAUGCUAUUUUUGUCACAUAAGGAACCAGUAAAAGUCUAAGUUAAGCACAGACAGAAUUGUUGAGUAAUUGUACAAUGCCGUAUGAGGUCACCAUAAGUGCUGCAUAAUGCUUGCCUUUUAGGGUUAGUUGACCGAAAGCUAAGAUUCCACUUUGGAAUAUGCAAAUGCAUCACCAUUUUCUGCUAGACGCUUUUGAUUUUGGCUGCAAUCAUGUUAUAGCUCAACUUGGUUGUUGCAUGUGAAGUAGCUACUUAAGCAUUUGUAUAGAUUUCCAAUGUGGUUCAAAUACAGAGAGAAAAUGAAAAUGUCGGUCUUUUGUGACAGGUAAGCUGACAAGCAGUUAGAAGGUAUUUGCCAUUUUGUUUUUUCAGGUAAUGAUCAGUGUAUGUUGGCCAUUUUUAAAUGACUAUAGAGUUGAAAAACUAAACUGAUCACUUGGGAACAUUAAUUAGAAUUUAUUUUCAGAUUUGGUCUUAAUCAGGAAAAGAAUAAGCUUGACCAACUUCUGUGAUAGUAUGCCUACAUUCAAAAUGUCAGUACAUAGAUUGACAGUAUCAAUCAAUGCAUGUAAGAGGUCAAGUUAGAAACCCUGCUGCAGGCCAAGACUGAAUAUGUAGUAUUGACAUUGUCUCGCUUUACUUUGUCUGCCCCUGCAGUUUCAUUAGCUUCUUGUUUUUAUAUAUUUAUUCAAUAUCAAACCCCCAAAUAAUCUAGAUUUUUCCCUAGAUUAGUAACUUUCAUUGUUGGGUAUAAAGAGAUAUUGCCCUGGCAUAAAGCUCAAACUAAACUGCCCAGUGCACUGAAACAACAGGGACACCCCACCAUUUGUUACCAAUGCAUACUGACACUGUAGUAAGUAAGUAAGCAAGCACAUACACUGUACAUACAUUGGAACUUCUACAUGCGUGGGAAGCCCUAGAUCAAGCCAGUAGCAGCAGAGGU